UUGCAUAAUACUAUAAUUUUGGUUAAGGCAUUUAAGGAAGGCCAGGUGUACAUAUCAGUCUUGUUCGCCAGAGAGAGAGAGAGAGAGAGAAUCAUCAUCCUCGCUGUUUCCUAUUUGCCAUUUUUUUCACCCAAUCAUCAUCUUCUUCUUCUUCUUCUUCUUCUUCUUUUUCCUUUUCUUCCCAUCAGAGAGCUGAUCCAUGGCGGUUUCCAAAUUCACCUCGCCUGAGGCUUUCCUUUGUAAUUCGGUCUUUUGAGAAGUCAAAUCCCUAAUCUCAUCGAAUUCUCAUGGCGAUCAUAACAGGAGAUCGAUAUCUGGAGAAUCUCCAGAAGUUCCUUGAAGAGAGAGCUGAUUCGCUUAUUGAUGGCACCGAUGUUCUCAAGCUCAAUCCCGCCGGCCUUCACUAUGUUCAUCUCCGUCUCGAAUCUCUCCGUGAACUCGAGCGUAUGCUCUCCGGAGCUCCGGUUGACUAUCUCCGCGCCUACGUCUCCGACAUUGGCGAUUUCCGUGCCCUCGAGCAGCUCCGGCGUAUUCUUCGCCUCCUCCCUUCUCUUAAGGUCGUUUCUUCGCUUCCUUCACCAUCUCGUGAUCCUACGCCGCUCUCUCUUCUUCCUUUUUCUAAGCUUAAGGUCUUGGAACUCCGUGGCUGUGAUUUGUCUUCUUCUUCUGCUAAGGGAUUGCUCGAACUCAGGCACACCCUGGAGAAGCUCAUCUGUCAUAAUUCCACUGAUGCACUGCGCCAUAUCUUCGCUAGUAGAAUCGCCGAGAUAAAGGACUCACCACAGUGGAAUAAGUUGGCUUUCGUGUCUUGCGCUUGUAACCGUCUUGUGCUCAUGGAUGAGUCUUUGCAACUUCUUCCAUCUGUUGAGUCGCUUGAUCUGAGUCGAAACAAGUUUGCAAAGGUGGAUAAUCUUCGGAGAUGUUUCAAGUUGAAGCACCUUGAUCUGGGGUUCAAUCAACUUAGAAAGAUCUCUCACUUGAGUGAGGUAUCCUGUCACCUUGUUAAACUUGUUUUGAGGAAUAACGCGCUGACUACAUUGCGUGGGAUUGAGAAUUUGAAGUCACUUGAAGGCCUUGAUGUUUCCUUCAAUCUUAUUUCCGACUUUUCAGAACUGGAGUUCCUCGGGAGUCUUUCAUUCUUGACAGACCUGUGGUUGGAAGGAAAUCCAAUUUGUUGUGCACGAUGGUAUAGGGCACAUGUCCUCAGCUACGUUGCUCAUCCAAAUGAUUUGAAGCUAGAUGGCAAACAUAUUGGGAAUAGAGAAUUUUGGAAGAGGCAGGUUGUUGUUACCCGUAGGAAAAGUCAGCCUGCCAGCUAUGGGUUUUACUCUCCGGCCAGAGACGAAGCUGAUGAUGAAGGAAGCUGUAAUAGAAAAAAGACUAAAAUUUAUCGGCUUGCGUCUAUUGAUAGUGAGGAAGAAAGCACCUAUCUGAAUUCUGAUCAAGAGUCUGCUUCAUGUGAACCCGAAUCUCAAAGCAAAGAGGAGAGUAUCAAGUCUGAUCAUGAAGCUGAAGUCUUUGGACUAAUAAGUAAAGUUGAACAGUUGAAGAAAGAACGUUCUGUUCUUUGGCUUCGAGAGUUUAAGGAGUGGAUAGAUCAUCCGUCAGAGGAUUUUAUGGAUGUCCGAAAAAAUGGGAGCAGUACUGAUUCAGAGGAAAAUUAUUACACGAAGAAUAAAAAUAGACCAAAGCAUCAUGGUGAAACAUUGAGAUAUGCAUCAGGGCCUUUACCAGGUUUCCAAAUUGCAGAUUCAAGUCAGAAGCCUCAAGCAUUUUUUCUUGAUGGGAAGCCAGAUGAAAAUGGAAACAUGUCAACAUCAGAUGCUACGCAGGAUAUGACAGGAUCACUUUUACCCUCAUCACCCCCUCAUUAUCAAAAGGAUGUCUUACACAGGCGUCAGAACCUGGUGGAAGAAAUCUUACAGCUGUCAGCAGAUUCUUAUUCAGUGGCGUCGUCUGAUAGCACAAGCAGCUGCAGUGAAAAUGAAGAUAAUGAUUCUGAGCAAUCAAAUCCUGAACAGGAUACAUUGAUGGAUAAUCUUCGUGGGGAUAGACCUAGGGAGGAGAUUCUUGGAUCUGCUAAACAAGGCACAAGCUUCCUUGACUCUCAACCAGAGAAGAGUAGCAUCAUUAAGACUUGGAGGAUAGAUGAUUCGUUCAAAGCAAAGACCACUAAAAUUCUUUCUGGACUGCAUAAUAGUGAGCUUGCUUCUGGUGUUAACCAGAUAUACAAUUGGUUUGACAAAAAGAAAAGCAAAAGGAAGCAUAAAAAAAGAGAUGUUUCUUUACGAGAGGAAAAUAGUUUCAUAAGUAAUGGUAAAACAACUCAAAGAAGUGAUGCAGAUAUCAGUGAUUCUUGUGAAGAUGAACAUAUUUCUGAUCAUUUUCAAGAAGGUUCCUUGACUACCGGUUGUAAUAGUAAGAGAAGUACUAGAUUUGUGGGAACUGAAAAGUCCCCUGAAGUAAUAGGUGGUCUAGUGGAGGAAUAUUUUACAAUAACUCAGUCAGAUUCCAGCAUUGAUGAGACUUGUAGGAUAUUUGUUACUUGUGAUUGUGUACUACCGCAAGAAUCUACCUGCAAGCAACAGGAAGUAGUGUUCCUGCUGAGUAGCCAAGAAAAACUGUAUGUGCUGCUCGUUGGUGUCUCUACUGAUUCACAAAAGAGCAACUUAAGUUUAUUGUGUUCGCAUACGAUCGAGGAUAUACAGGACGUCUCAGUUGGUCUGGGACUUCAGGUGGUGAGGCUACGCUUUAGGGAGGAUGCAGAGUACAUAUUCAUAACAGCGAGCAUUGAAAAAACAACAGUUUUACUCAAUAUCAUAAAAUUCUUGGACUCGCAGGUUACAGAUUCAAAAUGUUCUUUGGGAAGUUUGGAGAAUGCUCAAGUGGAAUUGUUUGAGAAAGAUAUAUGCAGUGGUUUGAAGCCAAGUAUAUUUCAGUAUAAUGUUCUUCAUUUUCAUAACAGCACUCUUGGAGAAGUUUCAUGGCUUCCACGGUCGCUCUUUGUGGCGGGUGGACAUCUCUUCAUAUGCAAUGAAGACUUCAGGCAGCUGAGUUCUCUGCUGACGGAUUCUUCUUCUGCUCCGUAUUUCUCACUUGACUCAAGCUGCUCCAUCUCCGACAUAUUUGAGAUGGUUAUUGAAUCACGAGGAAGCCCACGCUUGUCACUGAAGAUCAAGCAGAAGGAUUCCACAUUUCAAACCAGACAAAAAAGGACAGUGAAUUCAGUAACAUGGAAGCUCAAGUUACUCAGCACUGAGUGUGUACUCAAAUUCGUGGCUCUAGUAAAUGGACUUCACCCAGAUUCGACAGAAUUCCCGUUGCUUGUAAGACAUUUGGGGGAGAGAUAAGUCGUGAAUGUUUAUAACUUUAGAUUCAUUUGAUUCAAUUUGUUCAUGAGUUUAGAUUCAUCUUUGUAGAAAGCCCUUGAGGGUCCUGUGGUGUUCAAAAUAUUCUUCGAUUUGUAUAUUUCUAAGCAAGUGUGCAUCAUACAUACAACAAAUAGCAAGUAAAAAAGAAAGAAAACAGAACAGAUUCUGGA